CCAGCACUGUUGUGGAUGAGAGGGAUAAAGGCUGCUCUGCCUUUCAUACAACAGUACGUCGCAGUCACUAAUUAGUAAUUAUUAACGACAGUAGCUCCGAGUACACGUAGUAACUUUUGAAUCUGUUACGAUACCUCGGUUUUUGCAUGUGGUGCGUGGCUAAAAGGAGCGCGAGCAGCAACCUGACGACUACAAUUUGAGAUUUGGAGGGUUGUAACAGUAGUAUCCCUGCAGUAGCCAAGUUGCAUACAGAAUAACGUUAUCCAGUUGAGGCUCGGACUACUGUUCAUCACACUGGGGAAUCACUUCGCCUGCAAGAAGAAGGGGGAACAAGAGAAACAGAGGUGUAGCAGCUCAAGUGUCGUGGCUCUGGCGUGAUAAAUGUUAACCUGCCCUGAUAUUUGUAUGGGUCUUUCUCCUCAACCAAAGAUCUCCCCUGGCGGACUGAACAAACGAGUCGACUCUAACAGAGCUACGCCUGUCCUCAGUCUACUUGUGGUCUGACGGCACUCACCGACAUCAAAGCUCUCUGUUCGCUACUCGCUGUCUCACCCCUCUGCUUCUGUUAGAGUGGGGGAUGUCUGUUUUCUAACACCUCUCAGCCUGGUUAUCUACUCGAUCUGUACAACUGCGACCAACACUGGACAUGGAGGACUAUGACGUUCGCUCGGCCGCCAGCAUCCUGGCCUCAGUGAAAGAGCAGGAGGCACGUUUUGAGCAGCUGACCAGAGCCCUCGAGGAGGAGCGUCGCAACGUCACCCUGCAGCUAGAGCGUGCCAACCUCCCUCCCAACCCCACUACCACCCAACCGCUAGCAUGGCAGCAGGUGGUGAUGCAGGAGCAGAGCCCCAGUAACGCCACAUCCCUGGCCAUGAUGCAGGAGCCACAGGAGGUGGUGGAGGAGACGGUCACCAUAGAGGAAGACCCUGGCACCCCCACCUCCCACGUCUCAGUGGUCACCUCUGAUGACGGCACCACACGGCGCACAGAAACCAAGGAUUUGUCAACUAACGUGAAGGUUACCAAAGUGGUCAAAACCAUCACCCGCUGCACCUACCACCCCGUGACGGUGACUGACAACUUGUUGGUGGAGUCCAGGCCUGCCACCCGGACCCCCACCCCGGUCUCCGUGUCGAGUCCCACCGCGUCCGAGACAGACCCAGUGACCAAGAUGGUGAAGACGGUGACCACACGGACGGUGCGUCAGGUGCCCCUCGGCCCCGAUGGUUUGCCCCUGCCUGAGGGCUCAUCCCCACUGGGCAGCUACACCGACUCCAUUGACAGGCGCUACCUGAAGAACGGAGGUGACCGCUUCAUCACUCCUCAAGCGACCUCCACCCUGACACGCUCCUACAACAACUCCUACAACGAUUCAUACGGCGAGACGCCCGAGAGCCAGUACGUUCGCCACUACGGCCUGCACGACGGCUACGCCGAUUUGACGGACAACUAUGGCAGCCUGUCACGUGGCGUCAACUUCCGACCGCCACGCUACCCCUACUUGCCCAACAGCUACCGGCCGGAGAACAGCUACACGCUUCCUAUUCGCAAGGAUGACUAUGGCCAUGUCGCCCAGCCGCAGGUUCCCAUGGGCACCAGCACUGUGGAUCUGAACCGCUCACAGCCGGAGCGCUUCCAGCCUGAGCCGUACGGCCUGGAGGAUGAUCGCCGCAGCUUGGGUCCUGAGGAAGAGGAGCCGUACGAGCUGGAGCCCGACUACUCCACCGCCAACCGACGCACCCUGCAGGGGGCCAACCGGGGUCGCACCCACCGGGAACCUCUGCGUGAUGGACCCCGCGUCAGAGGGUACCCGGACGACCCCAUUGAGGCAGAGCUGAUCGAUGAGCGCCACCCUUAUAUCCAUGGCAUGUAUUCAGCGCCUCUGGCCCAGCCAGAGAGAGGAAGCAUGGCCAGUCUGGACCGCAUGGGCGGCCGGCGCUCACCCUCCAUCGACAGCAUCCGCAAGGACCCGCGCUGGCGCGACCCAGACCUUCCCGAGGUCAUCGCCAUGCUGGGCCACCCCAUCGACCCGGUCAAGUCCAACGCCGCUGCCUACCUGCAGCACCUGUGUUAUGAAAAUGACAAGAUUAAGAAGGACGUACGUCAGCUGAAGGGGAUUCCUGUUCUGGUGGGCCUUCUGGACCACCCCAAAUCUGAGGUCCACCGCAAAGCUUGUGGCGCCCUGCGCAACAUCUCCUACGGCAAGGACAAUGACAACAAGGUGGCCAUCAAGAACUGUGACGGCAUCCCAGCCCUCAUCCGCCUGCUGAGGAAGACCAAUGACAUGGAGGUCCGAGAGCUCAUCACCGGAACUCUGUGGAAUCUGUCGUCCUAUGAGCCCCUGAAGAUGGUGAUCAUCAACCACGGCCUGCAGACCAUGACCAACGAGGUCAUCAUCCCCCACUCAGGCUGGGAGCACGAGCCCAACGAGGACUCAAAGCCCCGCGAUGCCGAGUGGACCACCGUCUUCAAGAACACCUCCGGCUGCCUCAGAAAUGUGAGCUCGGACGGAGCAGAGGCUCGGCGCAGACUGAGGGAAUGUGAGGGAUUGGUGGACGCCCUGCUGCACGCUCUCCAAUCAGCUGUAGGGAAGAAGGACAUGGACAAUAAGUCUGUGGAGAACUGUGUUUGUAUUAUGAGGAACCUGUCCUACCAUGUCCACAAAGAGGUGCCAGGGGCAGAAAAGUUCCAGGACCCUUCAGUGCUACAGGCCCCCGGCUCAGCGGGACCACAGAGGAAGAAGAAGGAUGACGCCGGCUGCUUUGGAGGAAAGAAGGCCAAGGAGGAAUGGUUUAAUCAAGGCAGAAAAAACGGUGAGAACGACAAAAACUACGACACAUUGGAUCUGCCCAAACGCACAGAGCCGUCAAAAGGCUUUGAGCUGCUGUAUCAGCCGGAGGUGGUGAGGCUCUACCUGUCUCUGCUGACAGAGAGCCAGAACUACAACACUUUGGAGGCCGCUGCCGGGGCUCUACAAAACCUCAGCGCUGGACAGUGGACCUGGUCCAACUACAUCAGAGCCACGGUGCGUAAGGAGAAAGGUCUCCCCAUCCUGGUGGAGCUGCUGCGCUCUGACUCUGACAAGGUGGUCCGAGCUGUGGCCAUCGCCCUGCGCAACCUGUCCAUCGACCGCCGCAACAAGGACCUGAUCGGAAGCUAUGCCAUGCGAGACUUGGUGAGCAACCUGCCCAGCGGUCAGCAGCGACCUGCUAAGAACCUGGAGGAGGACACCGUGGUCGCCAUCCUCAACACCAUCCACGAGAUCGUCACCGACAGCUCUGAAAACGCCCGCUCCCUCAUCCAGGCGCAGGCCAUCGAGAAGCUGGUCGCCAUCAACAGGACCAGCCAAUCAGCUCGCGAAACAAAGGCGGCGUCCCACGUGCUGCAGACGGUGUGGAGUUACAAGGAGCUAAGAAACGCUUUGACCAAGGACGGCUGGAACAAGAGCCACUUCCAGCCCACAGUGACAGCCACCCCUAAAGCAACAAAGAACGGCAAGCCAGGUUAUGAUGACACCACCCUGCCCCUGAUGGAGAAGAACCAAGGCACCAGGAAAUGUGGCAGUGGUGAUAUGAUACCUAUGGAUGAGCUGGGUCCAGAUGGUUACUCCACCAUUGACCAGAGGGACAAGGACUGCAAAUACAAGGCGGGCGACGGCUCAGUGGACCUGACAGAACGGGAGCCAUUAAAGAAUGACACAAAUAGGAAACACUAUAUCAGGAGUAACAGGCCUGCGGUCAGUCUGGUGGACGCUUGUGAUGUUAAGCCCCAGCCUGUUGACUCCUGGGUCUAAAUGCAUGCAUGGCUUAAAAGUGCGACACCCCAGCUAGAGGAGGAUCUCUCAUAUCACCACUGCCAUUUCACAUGGAGCUUAUCUUUGGAGUUGGACUUUGUACAGAAAAGAGGAUUUAAAAAAAUUAAUGAUCACAACAGCGACUACCCAGCAGCAGCCAGCAUUCUCAUGCUUUUCAGAAAAAAAAUCAAAAAGAAUAAAAAGUGACUACUCCUACUACUUUCUCAUAUCUACAUUCCCACCGGACAUCAUGUGAAUUUUGCAGUGUUGACUCUUGUUGAGCUCUACCAGUGACAAGAAACGGACAGAGGCCGGUGCUGUUGAAGGAAUGGACAUGUGUGGAGGCGACAAAGGAAAGUGAAAGAAGUGAACGGAAAAGAAACGUGUGCUGGAAGGAAACCUGUGGGAGAAGAAAUGGGAAAAUCAAUGUUUUUCAUUUCAAUUUUCACAUCUGAUAAAAGAUCGUGCCCCAAAAUGUUCUGGGUUUUUGAAUUGAACAGGUUUGGACUGGUGUGUUUUGAAGGUCACUGAAUGUUUGUUUUGAGAAUAGCGGGAUGGACACGAGAAAGGAAAAGUAAAAGGAAAGAAACCGAGCCUGAGAAGAGCUGUAGCAUAGCAGAUAACAUGUACUCCCAGCAGCCUGCUCUCAUAGAUUUACAAUCCAUUUGGUUCACUGUGUUUUUUCAGAAAAAAAAAAAAAAAGUGCACUGAGAUGCUUUGAAAUCAAAAGUGGUUAACAGGUGGUUGAUGUCCAUUUUAUAAAAGAAGGAGUCUGCAAGUUGUGGUCUGGAGAAAAGAAAGUGACAAAGUGUGUGCAUCUGAUGGAGUGACAGGUUUUGUUAACACUGCAUUGAAAAAGUAAGAUAAAAUGGAAAGACUUCCUGUUUCAUCGUGAUCAACAUGUUUGAGCCAAGUGGCAUGUUGACCUUCAGUCACAGAGCUGUGGUUACAUGCGUAACCACUUCAGUUGUGUAGCGACAUGGCUCCUUGAGUUUCCUGGUUGGUUGCUCUUUGUCAAUGAUGUGUAUUAAAGAGGAUAUAAGGCAUUUUGUUUAUAAAUGAUUUGUGUUUUUGAAAAGAGAGGGAGAUGAUUGUUCUCUUGUUGAAAGGAUAGAUCUAAAAGCAUUUUUAUUUUUGUUGGGUUUUAUAUAAAUGUAUAUUAGGGUCAAAAGGAACAAAAAAAUUGAAAAAUUAAGGGAAAAAAAACAAACAAAAAAUGACAGACUUCUUAGUUGUAUAUUAAUAUCACAUUGUUUGGAAAGCACAUCUCAUUUGAUAAAGGCUCACCAUGUUUGUAAGCAAGAAAUAACAACGUAACUUAAAUGUGUGUCAAAUAUUGUCGAGUUACGCCGACGAUCACCUAUUUAUAUUUUGUAUUUGUCAAAAAAAGGUUACAGAAAAAAAGUUUAUCUGCAGUGUUCUUUCUAAAGGCGAUGAGUACAUAUUGUCUGGCAGCCCCUGCAUCUUUGAAACAGACAAUAUGGGGGGGUCUAGGGGUCAGACAGAGGUGAUGGGAUAGACAAGAGAUGGCAGUGUUAAUACAAGUCCCUUCAUUUUCCUUCCUAAUGCAUUCAGACCAAGUUACCACCAACCCUGAAUCCUCCUUCACCAGUGCAUCUUAAAGAGAAAUAUUCAGUCGUGAGCAUGAAGAAAAAUCUGUACAGAUGUUUAUAUUUUAUUCUUUCCAAGUGCCAGUUUUUUUGUGGUGUCAUUUGGAUAUUAACUAAUUCAUUCGUGUGCAGGAAGAGAGUACAGGUGGACGAGUGGAUCUGGAUAUUCAAGGCAAAAUAAAAAAAAAAAGUUGUAACACACUGUAUAAAUUAAAACUUCAAGUUUGGUCAUAUAGUAUAUAUUUUUACAACGUUAUAGGUCGGGCAGUUGAGAUUUAGAAAACCAGAGAGAAACAGAAUCCUAUUGCCAUUUUUCUCUUGCUUGGUGAGACUGUGCUCAGAAUCCAGUGGUAACGUGUCCGGUCUCCUUUCCAGCCUACUGUCUCCUGAUUUAGCUCGAAUCAGAGACAGAAAGAGAGUCCAGUCCAAGUUGGUGUCACUCAUGCGUCAUUGAGGCGAACGGCAUGUGCCUGCAUUGAAGUCUGAUUUUUCUUUGUGACGUAUGUGACUUUAUAAAGCUUGCAUAUUUUACACAGUGUUUACAAAAAUGUACGUUGUGGUAAAAAUCAAUAAACUACAAAAAAACUUACUGUAUAAAUUUUAAUUUCAGAGGUUAAAAAACGUUAUAACAAUACCCAGCAUCCCUUUUGUGUGUCCUCAGAAGUGUGUGCUUUCAUUGGACAAUACUGAACCCUCACAACAAAGACCCAUAUGACUGUCUAUUCCUGACUGCACAAUGCAGUACCACAACCAAAGGAUCCGGAGGUGUAUUUGCAUGCAUUCAAAAAAAAGGGGGUUUUGUUUUUGUGGAUGUGCAGCACACUGUACAUUUACAAAAUAAAAAGUUAAGCAACUGUAAAAUAAAUGCAGGACACGGACACACAUCAAAACAAACAAACCUACCUGUGUAGAUAUAACUGAUUCAAGACCGUCAAAAUAAAGUAACUGUACUACUCAGUAGCAGAUGUGUUUGUACCUAUCAUGUGCCUUAACCUUUUCCAUGGUAGAUAAAGAUAAGUGUGUUUUAUAUAACUUUAUUGCUCCCUUUCAACUGUCAUCUCUCCAUCCAAUCUGUUCACCUCUCCCCCGUUCUCCUCCUGUGUCUACCCCCUCUCUUUUUCCUUCACUCUGCUCACUCAUUCAUUCGUCCUGCACCCCCACCCUCCCCACCCUCCCCCCCAACCACACCUUCCUCCCAAAUCCAAGUAGUUUAGACUGUUGGUGCGGUUUCUGCCUUGUAUUACAUUGUAUUAUAAACUUUUAAAAAAGAUAGAUUCAUUCAAAAAAGAUGGUUUUGAUUUCCUAGAGGAGUAAAAUUGUUAAUGCUUUCGUAGCGAGCAGAAGCGAUGCCACAGUGACAGAAUGUAUUAUGUUAAUUUUACUAAUACCCAGAGGCAAAUAUUACGCUUGUUAAACAUAACGGAAAAAUACUGGUUUGUAGAGUAUAAAUUUGGUGUGUUUUCAAUAAAUCAUGCCUGGAAAGAA